GGCCAUGUGAAUACAACCACGGGACUCCAGAUCAGCGGGAACAGACAUCACCUGAACCAACAGAAUCUACUCACCGCCUCAUCUGUGACUGGGAUUUCAUUUUGGUUUAAUUACGCUUAAUCGUUUGGAUUUCUCCGAGCAGUGAGCCUCGGCUGCUGUACUAGAGAAUCAGUGGGGAGUAGCCACAGGAGCCUCUGCGCCCAGGGCAGCCAGACACACCAGAGGAUUCCUCUUACGCAGUUACCGGAGACCAGCGGGAGUCAUCGCAUUACUUUGGUGAAUUACUCACGCUUCUCCUGGGCACCGCUGGUGACAAAACACCGGCGUGAUCAUGCUACAAAAUGGAAACGGGAAGGAGCAACCGCAAGCGCCAAAAGCCGAGGCAGAGCCGGACAGCCCUAUACAGCAGCAGCCCGAUCCCCCGGCCACCGACAGAAAGGACGCCGACACCGAGCCCACACACUUGCUCACGCCGGUUUAUCCCAAACUGGACAUAAAACGCAACGCGGUGACGGACGAUUAUAAGAUCUCCACUCAGGUUCUGGGCUUAGGGAUCAAUGGCAAAGUCCUACAGUGCUUCAAUAAGAAGACUGGAGAGAAGUGCGCAUUGAAGAUUCUGUACGACAGUCCCAAAGCGCGGCGAGAGGUGGAGCUUCACUGGCGAGUAUCAGGAGGCCCGUACAUCGUUCGCAUCCUUAGCCUGUAUGAGAACAUGCAUCAUGGGAAGAAAUGCCUGCUCAUCAUCAUGGAGUGUAUGGAGGGGGGAGAGUUGUUCAGUCGAAUCCAGGCCAGAGGAGACCAGGCCUUCACUGAGAAAGAGGCAUCUGAGAUUAUGAGGGACAUUGGCACGGCCAUCGAUUUUCUCCACAACAUUAACAUUGCGCACAGAGACAUCAAGCCGGAGAACCUGCUGUACACCACUAAAGAGAGAAACGGGGUCCUUAAGCUAACAGAUUUUGGCUUUGCUAAGGAGACCACACUACACAACCCUCUACAGACCCCCUGCUAUACACCAUACUAUGUGGCUCCUGAGGUUUUGGGUCCGGAGAAAUAUGACAAGUCCUGUGACAUGUGGUCUCUGGGUGUCAUCAUGUACAUCUUGUUGUGUGGCUUCCCUCCAUUUUACUCCAACACGGGCCAGGCCAUCUCACCAGGGAUGAAGAGGAGGAUCAGGAUGGGCCAGUACGAGUUCCCCAACCCAGAGUGGGCUGAAGUGUCACAGGAAGCAAAAGAUUUGAUCCACCAGCUGCUGAAGACAGACCCUAAUGAGAGAAUGAGCAUCACUCACUUUAUGAACCACCCCUGGAUCAAUCAGUCCAUGGUGGUUCCCCCCACCCCCCUCCACACCACCAGGGUCCUGACUGAAGACAGAGAGCUGUGGGAGGAUGUAAAGGAAGAGCUGACCAGCGCUUUAGCGACCAUGCGUGUGGACUACGACCAGGUGAAGAUCAAGGAUCUUGAUACUUCCAGCAACCCCCUGCUCAACAAGAGACGUAAGAAGGCUGCUGCAGGGGCCAAAAGCGGGUCCACGGUCUGCCAAAGUCAGUGAGACCCAGAAGGGAGGAGAAAUAAAUUUGGAGAGGAUCGUUUAGGGAGCAGCUGGGGACUCUUGAGACACUGGACGUUGAGGAUGCGUUCUUGUAAAGGGACAACAGCAAAGUCAGAGCUGGACAUUUAUAGGACAUAAUAAGACAUGAAGUGUGUCUCCUGUGAGUGAUAGAAAUCAACAGCUCUGCUCAGUGCAGGCCUGUCUGUUUUUAAUUACUACCUGUAUGUAUGUCAGUUUUAGAUCCUGUGUGCAGACAUGAAGUAUUUGUAGUGGUAAUGUUUUGUCUAUUUGGAUGCUAGGUUGCCUGUUGGAGGCCUGUUUGAGCUAAUGAUGCACUAGUGUACAGAUGACACACAGACAGACAAGCCAACAGCCUGUGAAACUAGAACACUCACCAUCACCUGUAUUGUCUUAAUUCUGUCUGCCUUCCUUUUAGGGGCUAAAGCAAAGUCUGACACUGUCUUGUCAAUAAAAUGUAGCCUCCAUAAUGACGUUCAGCUCAACCUGAGGGAGUACUUUUAAUUAAAGCGACAAUAAAAUGGCUUCACGCUAUCAAGUGAUAUAUUGUCCUCAGGCAGCGCACAUGUCUGCCUGCCGUGUCCUGUCAGCAUGAGAGCUUUAUGUUACCAGCAGUGGGGUAAUGGAUGGUUAUGCAUCAUGGAUGGAAUAUGAUACUUUUCUUGAGAAAAGGGGGUGUGUGAGAGGUGUUGGGAGUUGAGUAAGAUGCUUCCAGUAAGUAGUGGCCACAGCUUUGCUUCAUGUCAAAACAUGGUCAUGACAGUUAAGCCUGCAAUAAUAGAGACUGCCUUUGUCCCAGUGGUUGUAAAUAAAACUUUUUAAAUCAA